AUGUCUUUAUCACAGUUGCCUUUAUUUUUAAAAGGUCAAGUAGUGAACGGCUUUGGAAGAGGUUCAAAGGACUUAGGUUGUCCAACCGCAAAUUUUCCAAGGGAAGUAGCACAAUCUCUGCCAAAAGAUUUAAAAACUGGUGUUUAUUAUGGCUGGGCUAAAGUUGACUCGGGACCCGUUUACAAGAUGGUCGUCAAUAUUGGAUGGUGCCCGUUUUAUCAGAAUAAGGAGUUGUCUGUUGAAACUCAUGUUAUUCAUAACUUUGACGAAGACUUUUAUGGUUCGAUCUUGAAGAUCUGUGUGCUCGGAUACUUAAGACCUGAAAAGAACUUUCCUUCGUUGAACAAUCUGAUAAGUGCUAUAAAACAGGAUAUUGAGGACGCUAAGCAGAAUUUGGAUAUCAAAGAAAAUAUAAUAUUUAGAGACCAUGACUUUUUUAAAAAUUAA